AUGCGGAAAGCCCGAGCAAAGGUGGAGCCUCUGGCCGCACGGGCCCAGCGCACCAUGAGAGCUGGGCCUGGGGAGGCUGAGGAGGCCAGGAAAUCCAGGAAAAAACCCUGGUAUAUAAGGAUAAUUACCCUGAUCAAGUUCAGAAAUUUCGGAAAAAAGAAAAGAGACAAGGCUGGGGGGAUAACCUCCAUGACGGAGAAGCCACAAGUACGGAAUGAACAGUUGGAGGGGCCCUGUGGUUUGGGCUGUAUAGUCAUUCGCAGCUGUCAGCGUUUUAAUAACAUCCAUUGCUUCCUAAUUUUCUACUGCACCCUGGUAAUCUCUCAAGGCAUUGUGUUUGGUCUUGUAGAUCUCAGCAUUGACACAUUACGGAGGAGCAAUCAUCUGGAAAACAUUGAGAGUAUGGUGUUGUCAUCAAGUUAUGAUAUUUCAUCUUGCCUGGUGGUCCUGUUUAUAACAUACUAUGGAGGGAGAGGAAACAUACCAAGAUGGAUUACAGCAUCCUCCUUUUUGAUAGGAUUUGGAUCACUUUUAUUUGCUUUUCCAUUCUUUCAUGGUAAAAAUUAUCAAUUGACUGUAGAAACUGAAGAUAUUUGCAAAGAAUUGAAGACUAUGAGAACUUGCAAGAAAUCCAUUUCAUCCCAAUCAAAAUAUGUGUCUUUCUUCAUCCUUGGGCAGACUGUGCAGGGAAUAGCAGGAAUGUCUCUUUAUGGCCUUGGAACAUGUUUUCUUGAUGAUAGCGUUGCCACAUAUUCAGCUGGUAUUUAUCUAGGCAUUGUGGACGCUUCGCUAAUAAUUGGGUAUGCUUUGGGUUAUGCGAUAGGAGCACCCCUGGUUAAGCCCUCUGUGAAUAGUACUUUUGAUAAAAGCAUUGGAGAUAGUAAUAAUGAAUACUGGCUGCAGACGUGGUGGAUUCGUUUUGUUUUUGUCUCAAUAAUUGCGUGGUCUACAUUAAUACCACUGUCCUGUUUUCCACGCCAUAUACAAGGUACAGAAAGGAUAAAGGCUCGGAAACAGAAAAGGCCGCAUUUUUUGGGCAGAAAGUAUAAAGAUAAGGAAUUUGAAACUAGUAUCCGAGAUUUAUUUGCUUCUGUUUGGGUUUUGAUGAAGUCUCCAAUGUUUGUGUGCCUAUCUCUGACCAGAGCUUCAGAAUCUUUAGUUUUGGUUGGAGCCGCUGAAUUUUUGCCUAUAUAUCUAGAACAUCAGUUUUUCUUAACACCCACUGAGGCAACUAUACUUUCAGGACUUGUGUUAAUUCCAGGAGCGGCACUUGGCCAGCUUCUGGGAGGCAUCAUUGUUUCCAAGUUACAUAUGUAUUGUAAAGGCCAUAUGACAUUUGUAAUAGUUACAUCUGCUAUAUCGCUUAUACCGGUUCUGUUUAUCAUUUUUGUACAUUGUAAUCCAAUACCAUUUGCUGGGAUCAAUGAAGAUUAUGGCGGAACAGGACAGUUGGGAAACCUGACGGCUCCUUGCAAUUCUCACUGUAGAUGCUCAUCUUCAUUAUAUUCUGCUGUAUGUGGAAGAGAUGAUAUUGGAUAUUUUUCUCCUUGCUUUGCAGGCUGUACAUAUUCUAAAACAUUCAAUGAUGAUAAGACAUACUUCAAUUGUUCUUGCAUUAAUGAAGGAUUAACAACCUCAGAUGAUCAGGGUGAUUUUAUUGAUGCUAGACCUGGGACAUGUGAUGCAAAAUGCUAUAAAUUACCUUUGUUCCUUGUUUUAACCUUUUCUACGAUUGUAUUUUCUUGUUUUUCUGAAAUACCAAUCAUCCUGACCAUCCUUCGGACUGUAUCUGACAAACAGCGUUCUCUGGCCCUGGGUAUGACCUAUGUGAUUUUGAGAGUAUUUGGAAGUAUACCUGGACCAAUAGUUUUUAAAAUGAUUGGAGAAACUUCUUGUACCUUUUGGGGUACUGAAGGCUGUGGCAAAACAGGAAGUUGCUGGUUCUAUAACACAACAAAAAUGGCCUACCUAUUUUUAGGAAUAUGUUUUCUUUGCAAAGUGUUCACUAUCAUCUUCACUGCCAUUGCAUUUGGCCUGUACAAAUGUUUACUAAAGGAAAGCAAUAACAUCAUGCCGAUACCUUUGAAGAAUCUAAAAGAGAAAAAAAAAAGAAUUGAUUUAUAA